AUGGAAUCGGCACGCGGCAGCAGCGGCGAUGGCCGGCCAUCCACUUUGUGGUCUUUGCGUACUACAGAGCCACUGAACUACGUUGAUACAAGUGGGGCGACUGGUGUGGCGGGAGAGCAGAAAGUGGCUCCUGCAACUGCACUAGAAGCAGAACAACCAAUACCCAACAACUAUAAACCAGGUUACGGGACAAAUCAUGACGAGGCCAAGGAAAAAAUACCUCGGGUACUCGUAAAGAAAAUGAUAGUGAUAAAACGGAAUCCCGCGAACAUCGCUGCGGAUGUACCGCCCUCUAUGGAUACCGGUAAAAACAAUCACUAUUCCACGCCUUUGGACGAGGAGGAGCCACAGCCGCAAAAGCGGGGGACAACAACCCCCAAGAGUGCUCGCUCAGUGCCCUCGGGAAGGCCUGCCGCUGACGAAGCAAGAGACGGGAUGCUGCUGACAGGGAGAUCUGAGAAAACUGAAACGCCUAGAAGGCAGUACGCUUCCACGAUUUCCUUCAAAUCUCCAAGCAUCAUUGGUGAAAAGAAAAAUACGGACCAGAUGGAGGCGGAGCCUUUUUCUGGCUCCCCAAUCUUUCAUCGUGGCAAACGUUUGGCUAUCCCGCCGCCAGCGAUGGACGACGAUGUCGACCGCACGUCCGUUCCGUUUCCACUUCCGCGUCCUGCGCCGUUGGAAAGCACAGAUAGCAGUAGUAGCACUGUCUCCAGCGAAGAACAGGGGGAUGACCUCUCUAGCAAUAGAAGUGAGCUUUUUCUCCCCGACGUGAGCCUCAGUCUAACGUCUCAGAGGCCGGCCUAUGGCAUUGUGGAUGUACGUGAAACGGAUAGCUCUAGGGGUCCCUCGCCAAAUGACCUGCCGUCUUCCCUUGUUGCGAAAAUGCAGCAUUUGCUUAAUGCGUCGCCAACACACCUCCACCGUGAGUCCGGUGAGACGGCUGCCAGCAUCAGAACCCCCAGCCCGGUGCCGGUGACACUGCUUGGUGCAGGUCGGCACUACCGACAGAAACACUUGAAACGGGUCAGUUACUAUAUUCUAGGUCCUCUCCUCGGUGAAGGCGUCUUCGGUGUUGUGCGUGAUGCCAUCGAUACUUCCGCUAGCCAUAUGAUUCCACCGCGUUUUGAGCGAGUUGCUAUCAAGAGUUUUAAAUACCGUCGUGCGAGUGCUGCUGAACCGGCAGACAUCGCAGCAGCAAUAGCAGCAUCGACUAGGGGCUCUGUGAAAUCCCCUGGCAUCAAUACCCCUCCAGUUCUCGCAAGAGCGCCGUUGCUGGAUUUCAAACAGCGACAUGAUGCCAAGAUGCGCCGUCUGCUUGAUAAUGAGGCGCGCAACCUGCAGCGUUUUCACUGCCCCAACAUCAUCCGCAGCAGUGACAUUUUUACGCGCCAUGGAAGGGACUAUAUUGUUCUCCCCAUUGCUAUUUGCAACUUGGAAAACUUGGUGCGGGAGCGUGUGCGACAAAAGCUCCUAUAUCGACAACGGCAGACGAGAAACGCGCCAUAUUUAUCUCUCCAUCUCGGUCAAGGAGAGAGUCUUUGUCGUGAUGCAAGCCCCUCAUCUGAGCUGUAUGCCGAUGCCUCUGGUGUGAGUUACAUGAGCUUGGGCGAGAGUGACUUCAUGUUGAAAAACGGCUUAGUCGCUGACGGAACAGCCUCCCUCUUCUCUGCCUCACUGGUGAGAGGGAUCAUGUACCAACUUUUCAACGGUGUUGCCUACCUGCACCGUCAGGGUCUCGCGCACAACGAUCUGAAACUGCAGAACAUUCUUCUUUUUGCGGACGGUGUGCUAAAGAUCGGCGAUCUCGGUGGCCUCUCAGAGGAGUACAAUGACCAGGGAACCCCAAUGUACAUGUCUCCCGAGCUUUGUAGAUAUUUUUACUGCGCAGGUGAUGUAACAGACACGAAGAAAGUCGUAACGGUAAAUGCCCUACAGAACGACAUGUGGAGCUGUGGUGUGAUUCUCUAUUACUUGCUGGUAGGGAAGCCGUUAUGGGGCAGCGGCUUUGACAGGCGCAAUAAGUAUCAGCUGUACCGUGCGAUUGCUGCGCAGCAUAACCCCAUCGAUGUGGGCCACGUCCCCGAGCCGUGGGAGAAUGAGAUGGAGAUGGGCGUGCGGUCGGCGUCAGGGAUGGCAGUAACGUCAGUGGCAGGCACGCCUGCCUCCAUUUCCUCCUCAAGCCUGCGGCACCUGCUGAGCCGGCUGCUCGAUGUUAACCCCGAUACACGCUUGACAGCGGAGGAGGCACUUCUACAUCCGGCACUCCAACCGCCCAAUGCAUGCGGUGCUUCCUCAACUGGUGUUUUCAACACCGUGCAGCACGACGUUGCAUGGCAGGUGCUGGAGUCGCCGCAUGUUCAGGCACUUAUCAAGCGAGAUCGGGAGCAGCACCUGCAGUUUGUUGCGGCGUGCUGCGACACACUAGGUAUAGAAAUGCCGGAAGAAAUUUUCCUUCCUGAAACCGGUAGCAUCGGCUCUGACACGGAUCCGAUUAACAAUGGUGAUGAGCAAGUACGAGAGUCAGCUUGCAAGAAGCCUAGAGGAACUGUUGAUCGCAAGCUCUUUCUUACGGAGGCGGAGCGUCAUUACUACGAGAAGAAACUAGGCAAGGCUGAGUAUGACGUACCAUUCAUUCUCACUAAUCCCGCAAAGGUAAAAAUGAUGCGCGAUUAUCUUUACGGAACAGUCCUUGUCGAGUGCGGGUACCGCAGUAUUGAAGAGGCCGAGUCGGAGCGGGUGCAAGAGCUAGAAAAGAACCAACGGAUACUUGCCGCUGCGGAGGCGCGAGCGACUCGAAAACCGCCUAGGAACACUUCUCAGGUCGCUGGGAAUAGCGGGAAAACGUCAACUGCAAAAUCCAAAAAUAGCAACAUUAACAACAACAGUAGUCAUAAAGAAAAGGAGUACUCCAAAUGUCUCUGUGGUCUUAUGUAG